AUGGGCAAAAAUUAUUACGAUAUUCUCGGAGUAGACAAGAACGCAGACGACGACGCCAUCAAAAAGGCCUACAAGAAGCAGGCCCUCAAGUGGCAUCCAGACAGAAAUGCAGGCUCAGAAGCCGCUUCUGCAAAGUUUAAAGAGGUCUCGGAGGCAUUCGAGGUUCUCUCAGACAAGAACAAACGCGCAGUUUACGACCAAUUUGGUGAAGAAGGCUUGAAAGGCGCACCUCCACCAGACGCAGGAGGAACUGGCGGUUUCUCUGGCUUCCCAGGUGCUGGAGGUGCUGGUUUCGGCAGCGGUGGUUUCCCAGGAGGAGCUACAUUCACCUUUACAUCUGGGCCUGGCGGAGGUAGUCGGGGCGGAUACCAUCCCAGCGACCCGAAUAGCAUCUUCGAACAGUUCUUCAAGAGCUUCUCCAUGGGAGGUGGCAUGGGACCAGGAAGCCACCGUGCAGCAUUUGGAGACGACGAUGACGACCCGAUGAUGGGAAGUGGUAUGCCCGGCGGAUUCUUCAACAUGGGAGGCGCUGGUAUGGGCGGUAUGCCUGGUGGGGGACCUGGAGCGCGCACAAAACGACCUACACGAAAGGCACCAACCGAACCAAGUCAACCCAAUGAGGUCGUCCGGCCGCUCAAGGUCAAGCUUGAAGAUCUCGCUACUGGCGUCACAAAGAAGCUAAAAGUUACUCGACGAUUACUCACCGGCGAGCAAGUCGAAAAGACACUCGAAAUCGUCAUUCACCCCGGAUACAAAGCCGGCACAAAGUUCCGCUUCAAGGGCGAAGGAAACGAACGAGAAGGAGCGGAGCCUCAAGAUUUGGUGUUCGAGCUGGAGGAAAUUCCUCACGACCGCUUUACCAGAGAUGGAAACGACCUCAUUAUCACGGAAAAACUUUCCCUGCUAGAAGCCCUAGCAGGAAACGGUGGAAACCGACAAAUUGUAGCGAUUGAUGGUCGACGGCCAUCUAUCGCUGUUCCUGCCUCUAUCGUCAAGCCAGGUACCCAGACCAGGGUACCCGGCUAUGGCAUGCCGAUACGCAAGGAAGGCCAAAUCAAAUCGUACGGGGACCUCAUAGUCAAGUGGGACAUUGUGUUCCCAGACAGGCUCACGUCGGGCCAGAAAGAGGGCCUCCGAAAGGUUCUUGGAUGA